GAAGAAGAAGGAAGAGAGAGCGGAGAAGAAAGCAAGCCAGACAAAGAGGACGGAAGUUUGGGGGAUCAGAGAUCCUGGACACUUUGUGCAGAGGAGGACAAAUCUGUAAGACGAGCAGAGAGGCAGCCGUUCUGUGCACCGUCUCCUCUCUCUUUGGACGACAAUACCAUUUCAUUGAUGACCCAAAAAACUGGACUGAAGCUCAGAGGUACUGCAGAGAAAACUACACAGACCUGGUUACCAUUGACCCAGAUGUCAGGACCAUCCUCAACAGAAUGGCUGAUCAGAGAAACAUCCGCUCUUCAACACCUUUCUGGAAUGGUUUGUACUUCACUGAGGUCAGCUGGAACUGGUCAUUGGUAGAUAAAGAUUUUUACCAAUAUGAUGAGUCAAACUUCAUGAACUGGGACUCUGGACAGCCAAGCACCAACAAGGUGAUGCCAGGAUGUGUUGUGAUGACCAGUUCUGGAAUGUGGCGCCUGCACCAUUGUGGCAAUCCCUAUAAACCGGUCUGCUCCAAUGUGACGGGACAGCAUGUUUCAUUCGUCUAUAUCAACAUUUUAAUGACCUGGAAGGAGGCUCAGAGUUACUGCAGAGACCACCUUACAGACCUGGCCAUUCCCAGAAACCUGUCCGAGAACGAGAAGAUAAGGGCACUGAUCCCUGCAGGUUACAGUUGGAUUGGUCUUUACAGAGAUACCUGGAAGUGGUCGGAUGGAGCCACGUAUAGUUGGAAUCCUUGGUUACCAGGUGAACCUGAUGAAGUGGGGGAGAAAUGCACAGCUACAGUAUUUAAUUAUCUCCAUCGUUACUAUUCCAGUUAUUACAAUUCCUAUGACUAUACCACAUACGAUGGUUACUGGGGAGACUGGCCAUGUGAUUCAAUGAAACCGUUCAUCUGCCAACAUGACCCUGUGCCUUCCACAAAGCAAGUGGUAAAAGUGAAGCUGGUGGGAAACUCAACUCUGGAUCUGAAUGACCCUGCUGUCCUGGAAAACCUGCUGAAGGAGCUCUGCCAAGUGAUCUCGUCCUUGAAGAAGGUUAACACCAACAAGUCUGCAGGCCAAGACAUGGUAUCAUCCUGGACACUUAAAUUGUAUGCAGACCAGCUAGCAGGUGUCUUUCUGGACAUCUUCAACCUCUCCCUGGAGCUCUCCACGGUCCCAAUCCUCAUCUUCCUCAAUGACUAUCAUCCAUUCACUCUCACCACCGUCAUCAUGAAGGGCUUCCAGAGGAUCCUCCUAAACCCAACUCUCUUCACCCAGGACUGUACUGCUGUCCACCCCAUAAAAACAGUGGUGAAGUUUGUGGAUGACACCACUGUAAUGGGUCUGAUCUCCACCAAUGAAUGA